ACGAGUUACGUCUACGCAUCUGUAAGAUUCAUUUCGUACAAUUUGCCAGGCUCGUUCUUUUUUUAUUAUUCGUAUUGGGAUUGGAAGUUGGUUUGUUUUACUGUCUUAGUUGCUAUCGGAUCUUUGAAUGAGUCCAGUUAGAGGAAGUCUACUUGCAGGAAUUGCUUUGCUACGGUCUACAUGUUUACAACAUUUCACCAUCAAGGGAUUUCCUUCAAUGUAAAUGAUUUAACCGACUUGCAGAAGGUCCCAUAGCUGCUUUGUCAGUGAUGAUUGUGGCGCACACGGCAUGGAGAGGAACAUUGGAGACCAGCUCAACAAAGCUUUCGAAGCUUAUCGCCAGGUCUCAAUUGAAAAGGACAAUGCCAAAAAGGAGCUGCAGCAAAUGUCGGACUAUUAUCAGCAAUACACGCAAAAACUCCAAAGACAGAUAGAAGACCAGGAGCAGCUGAUUGCGCAACUGAAAGCUCAGCUGUCCACAUCGAGGAAACCGUCAGGGGAUCUGAAAUGCCAGUCGUGCAACCAUCUGGUUGAUGGGGCCAGCGCACACGGACAAACACAGCAUCCGGAGACUAUAAGCACCGUUGCUCCUCUGAAGACUGUCUUGAAUAGUGUUGACUAUCAGGACAUGCUGGAUGCACUGGAAGCCAUUCACGGGACCUUUCGGCAGAUUCGCUCGCUCUCCCGAAGGCAAAAAGAUCACCUGAAGAGAUUUCAUGGAGGAAUAGACGCUGCAAAUGAUCAGCAGUUCUCCAUGCCCAUCCAGUGCACCGACCGCGCAGCAGAAGCCGACGAGCCCCUCUUCUUGGCCUCGAGGUCGACGACGGACAUUCCUCUGGUGCCCGCGUCGCUGGCGUCACGCGGCGCCAGCCCCGACAACCGGGACUUUGUAGACUCACUCACCAAGUUCAGUGUCAAGUUCCCGCCUCCCGUGGACAGCGAAUACGACUUCCUGAACAGUGCCCCUGAGAGGCCCGUCGCUCUGACCAUGCCGGCCAGGCGGCCUCUCUGCAGCAUCCUUUCGGCGGGCGACGAGGAAGCGGGCGAGGAGGGGGAACGAGAGGAGGAGCAGGAGCCCUCGGAGCCGCCGGUGCCUUUUGUCAUCCCGACGUUCCCCUCCCACACGACGUCCUCCUCGCUCUCACAAGAGGACGUUCGCGGCCCCCAACAGCUUUCUUGGCCUCAGUCUCUGUGGAGCCCCGAGCUGUGCGAGGCGGCCGACAUGGCGGCGCAGAUGGUGAGCGGAAUCCCGGAUAAAUGCGCUUUCUGCCACGCUGUGGUUCCUCAGGAGCAAAUGAAUGGCCACCUCUACUCACACUUCUCCAAACGCGCUGCUGACUUUGUGGCGCCCCAACCCAGAGACUUCAUGUAAGAAGCGUGGCCCAGUGCGGCCCACCGCCGCAAAGUACAUUCACUGUACAGGACAUUGCAAUCAGACUUGAAGCCAUUUUAUUUAAUAUUGAAGAAUUGAAUGGUACAGCCGCUCCAAUACUUGUUUUUCUAAUAGGCCUGCAGCUGGGAUUUUAUGAUGAUGCAUCAUGAGGAAAUAAAGCCAACCAUCAUUUUUUGUAUUAAAGUAGUUGUAAUAAUUUUUAAAAAAAAAUAUUGAAAACACAAUUAAUAUAAUUUUGAGUAAAUUCUAAAUACAAUUCUGUGGAAUGUGUCAAAGCGAUGAGUUCAGUUUUCUGCCAAACGAACCGCCGCAACGUCGCGCUCCAUAUUUCCUAAUUGAACCACAUUUGAUCCAAUCAAUCAGACUUUGUUCAAGAAUCGUGGAAAGAUUCUCCACCCACAAACCUGUUGUUGAGAAAUUAGCACAGUAAUGCCAAGCAGCUGUCGGUCGACCGCUGUGCUGUUUUUCUGAAAUGUUUCCAAGUUUGUCGCUAUUUAAGAAAUUUAUGUGCCAUAUGUUCAUUAGACACGGGAAUAGGAAUUUGAGACUUAACGACGCACAACAAUCGGGCACAAACGCGCCGAUCAAUUACCUCAAUUAGGUCCUCAUUUGCCCCCACCUUUUUUUUUACUCUAACACAAGUUUGAAAAGGUAAUUCUAAGCACAGCCAUGUUCCAGUUCUAGGGGUGUGCACACUUUUGCUACCACAUGAUCUCAUUGUUAAUUUUUGUUUCCCCUUUCAAAAAGAUUUAAAAAUAAAAUUCAUUUGUGUUGUACAAGUUAUAGAUCAUUAAUAGUAGAAAAAAGUUGGUCUCAUUUGAACCGGGGUUUGUAGACUUCCUCUAUCCACUGUAAACUGAUAUUUAAUUCCGCAGGAGCUUUAAUUGUGUUUCAUAAAUAGCCCUGGAAACA